AUGGAGUUUUAUUCGCCGCAGCCGGAACAUGCGCAAUUGCACGGACCGGUAGAGUUAAAAGAAGGAUUGCUUGUGCGCGAUAAUGGGAUCGAUGCGUUGUUAGAAGAGUUGUUGAUUCCUUCGCCACCGCUUUCGCCGGUUUGCAGUGAUCGGGAAGAGGAAGAAGAGCAAAAAGAUGAAAAUUCUAUUCAAGUAAGGCCUAGUUGGAGUCCCGGGCUUGCCGUAAGGCGUGAAAAGCGUUCUUUACAAGGGUUUUUGGCAGAGUAUAGGGCUUUUAAAAGGAUGGAUUGUAAGUCUGUAAGACGUCCCAGAGUUUUGGCAGAUGCAGAAAGGAUUUAUCGUACAAGGAGAAGGUUGCAGGAGCCUCGUUCGGAAUCGGAUGAUGAGUCAGCACCAAUGAGGCCUUCUACACCCUCGCGCCGUAGGCGCGUGGGAACAUCCUGUGUGGUUUCGCCACUCGCAUCGGCGAAAGCAGUUCAUCAGACCCCCCAUUAUGUGCCCAGUAUGUCUUGGGAGAAAUUGCCCGAUUAUUCGCCUCCAUUAGCUACAUUGAGCUCGGAGAAAUGUUUGAAAGUAGAAUGGAAAGGUUCUCCAAUGGACCUUUCAAAUGAUCCAUUACGAGAUCUGUUGCAUCCUGCGGAGUUGAACCUUGCCCAAACGCUACGACUGCCCUGUGAUCUAUAUUUGGAUUCGAAACGGAGAUUGUUUUUGGAGAAAAUGCAUCGUUUGAAGCAAGGCUUGGCAUUCCGAAGAACUGAUGCUCAAAAGGCAUGUCGUAUAGACGUUAACAAGGCAUCGAGACUUUAUGCUGCUUUUGAAAAAGUGGGUUGGUUAAAGGAUUCUAAUUUUACGAUUUUCUUAUAG